AUGACAAUGAACCUGGCCGUGCAAGUCCCGACCUCCAAUGCCUUCGUCUCGCCUGCCCAGAUCGUAGAUGACAUGGUCACAACUUACGGCUGCACUGUGGAGUACGAGGUGGCUAAUGCAAUGGGCAAGGUCUGGGGUCGGGUGGUCAAUGCCGGGCACGCGAGUCUCGUGACCAUGAAUGUGAUCAAGUACAACAACCCCGCUCGCCACCGGAUGUUCCAUGGUGUGGGUAGGAAGUUGAUACGAGCCGAGGGGUGUUCUCAAAGUUUCUGCGCUGCAGCUGGUCCCUGUCACCUGGUCGACGAGAUGAAGGCUCGCGGCAAGCACACGAUCACCUUCGAUUCGCAAGAACCCUGGCAGCGCGCCUCGCGCUUUAUGCCGCCGUCCAUGGAAGAGAUAUGCAGCGACUGCACCGAGAUCUACCUCUAUGCAGAAGACAUGUACAACAACGGUGACGGGAUGUUGAGCGAGGCCGUCACCUUCAGCGUGCCGCCCUCAAACUGGCUGGGCCAGUCGCUGGAGUUGACGAGCACGCCCACAGCCGGGACCCCGACCGACGGCGUCUCGUUCUCCUUCGCGGGUGGAGCACAAGUCCUGCUGACGAAAGACGUGGCGCUUGCAACGGUCGCCGACAUCAAGGCAGGCACCUACGCCAUGGGAACCGGCAGCUGCCGGCAGGACGAUGUAAAUGUCGGGAUGAGCGUCCUGUACUGGACACUGUCCGGAUGCAGCUUGACGGCACUGGUGGACUACAGUGUCGUGCUCUACGUCGAGGACAUGGCGGGGAUGGACGACGGCCAGUUGUCGAGUCUUCAGCUGAUCGUGCCCUCGGCCGUGAGCAACUACUUCGUGGAGACCCCGUGUCUGUUCUGGGAAACGUCACCUCAGAUGGAGCCAGUGACGUUGAGCUUCAACGCUCAGGCUGCUAGUGGCAUGGCUUGGGGCUUCAUUCUCGAGGCCCGCCCAAAGUUCCCCAACAGCGUGCUCUGA